AUGACUGAUGUUUCACCAUCGUCCAAGAAAGUAGACGAUUUUCUAUCUAGUCUAUCGCUUUUAUCUCAGGAAAGAAUUAAGGAGGAUCGUCAAAGACAGAGAAAUUUGCAGCAUGAUAUUGACGAAUUAAGAUCCCGCCUGCAUAGCUCCUCGCCAAUAAAGGGCGAGAGCAACUACAUGUCGUCUAGCAACAGAUCUCUGUAUCAAAUUUCGGUACCCGAUCUUAAAUUCAAUAGGUCAAGACUUUCACAGGAAGACGAUUUUGCACCUCCCUUGCCGAGAAGGCGAGAUGUACAAGAGGAGGAUGAACCACCUGCUUUACCUCGAAGGGCAAGAGUAGAAGAAGAAGAAACAGCACCAAGAUUACCAACUCGAAAGCACCAAGACUCCAUUGGAUUAUUACAGCCAGUGGCGAGAAAGGAAGCACCAGCGAAGCCGAUGAAGCCAAAGCCAGUCACUACUAAAUAUGAUAAGCGGCAGCUCCCCUCGUCAAAUGAUGUUGAGCCAAGUGGACAUAGAUCAUUUCGAGAUAUAGAAAGUUUGAUCAGGUCGGGAAAGGCUAGUACAAAAACUUUAGAGAGUGCAUCAGCUGAGUUGCCAGAUCCCAAACCAAAACCCACCAAGCCUGCAUGGCUCUCCUCGUCAGUGAAACCAGUAUCCAACACAAAACAAGCACCUUCCUCGUCAGACGUCACACCCGCUAAGCCAAAGCCAACUAGCUGGAUAGAUAGCGCCGUCAGCAAAUCACCUGAAUCAAAACCAAAGACAAAUAUCCCCCUUGUGAAGCCAACUAAACCAAAGCAUUUGGAGCUACACCAAGAGCUGAAACCUAAUGAACCCGAACCGGAAUUUAUGACCCAAUUUCAGAAGUUAAAGAAGGAGAAGAAGCAACCAUCUAAUGAUGAGAUUCGGAAAACUCCCCCUGUGGUUAAACCCAAACCUAUGAUGAGGUCCAUGAAUGAGCCACCAGCUGAAUUUCAAGCAAAAUUUAAUUCCAUCACUAAGCCGUCACCAAUUAAACCAACAGCAAAGACAAUAAACUACGAAGAAAAAGAUUCACUCGAACUCAGAUCAAAGUUGAAGAAAAUGACGCCUGUUAAACCAGAAAAGCCAAAAUUCAAAUCCUCUACAUAUGAGCAAAAGGAUAGCGAAGAGUUGCGAAUGCAAUUGGAGAAGAUGACCAAGAAGAAGCCUCCAAAGAAACCAUUAAAGAGAGCGGCAACUGAAGAGCUCAAACCCAGUGUUACUGAAUUAUCCAAAGAUGAAACAGUUUCUACAACUAUGCGUAGUCCAGAAGAUUUAUCUUUUGAACAUAAAUUGGGUGCACUAUUAUCCCAAGGACCUACAUUGACUAAAGCGCUGACAUUUCCUCAACCUAAAUCGUUAACGCCAAAGAGUAAAGUCCAGGAGUCUAGUGGUGAGACUUUGACACAUGCUACAAAGAGUAGACCCAAAGGUCCAAGACGUAAGUUACCUAAAAACUUGCAGAUUCCUAGUGGUGUUAAAGGUGGGAAUGAGCUCACAAGCAAGGAAAAAGACUCAGCAGAACAAGAGAAGAGACAAUCCGAACCCGAAGAGGAUCGUUCUACGCCAGUAGUUAAGAAACCACCUCCUAUCAAGCUGAAACCAAAGGAAAUCAAAGUAAAGCCUAGAGUGAUUAGUGGUGAGUUGUUUAUUUAG